UGAUGCCGUUCAGUACUCGUUAUUCUACGCGCCAGUGCGGAAACGAAAAAGCAGCGCCCCUUGCGAGCUCGAACCCGUUUUAUGGAUUCACGCAGUCCCUGUGAGAUUGGAGAUAGUUGUGGCCGGAAUUGCAUUUGUGAAAGUGUUACUUUGGGAGUUUAGUGAUGUUCUUAGUGCAGAAUCGGUGCCAUUAUUACACUAGGUGAUCUUUGGAGAUUGUUUCGCUGGACCAUUAGCUGUGAUUUGUGUGCGUGUGUGUUUGUUUCAAAUGUGAUUGCAACACAUGAAGGAUACUAACUUGCGAAGGAUUAUAGCGGACAUACGGAUUUAUAGCGAACUUUACUCAACUGGUUUUAAGCCAGCUAGAAAAAAAAAACAACUAACAAAAGCCUAUCUUGUAUGGCACCCGCAACGGUUUGCGCAAUAGAUUCUAGCAGCCAGUACAAAGUCGCCACCGGCCUUGCCACUCGCUGUGCCAUGAAGGAGAAAAGCAAAAACGCUGCCCGGUCCCGGCGGGAAAAGGAAAACGCCGAGUUUCUGGAGCUCGCGAAACUGUUGCCGCUGCCGAGCGCCAUCACGUCACAGCUAGAUAAGGCGUCCAUCAUUAGAUUAACUACCUCGUACCUGAAAAUGCGCCAGGUGUUCCCCGAAGGUCUGGGGGACGCUUGGGGCUCACAGCAUGUGCCGAGCAAUCCCCGUGAUUUGGCUAUCAAAGAGCUCGGCUCUCAUCUGCUGCAAACACUGGAUGGGUUCAUCUUCGUGGUUGCCCCCGACGGCAAGAUAAUGUACAUCUCCGAGACGGCGUCAGUGCACUUGGGCCUGAGCCAGGUUGAGUUGACGGGAAACUCCAUCUACGAGUACAUCCACAACUACGACCAGGACGAGAUGACAUCGGUCUUAUCACUGCAGCCAUACAUGUUUGCCGCCUCGACGCCUCCGCCACCGCCACCACCUCCACCACCAUCACAACAGCCACCAGCAGCUACCGUGACGGUUCAGUUGCUUGCCCAGCACCACACUAUGGGCAGCCCACCACCAACCAUAGCAGUCGUCAGUCAAGGACAACCGUCGGAAUCGCCUCCACAAAACACCAACUGUGCUCCCUCGUUAUCCCCUACUCUAUCAAUCCCACCGCCACCCGUACAACCGCAUCUUGGGCCACCUCCUCACGUUCCACCAGGUCUUUCACCUUCGACCGGACAAAUCCCUCCACCCCAUCUGACAGCGAACGUACCUCCUUUAUCCUCCGGGCACCACCUCCAUACUGCUGGUGUCACACCUUCCGCUCAUCACCAUCACCAUCACCCGCCACCGCCGCCACAGCAGCAUCACCACCAUCAUCAUCAUCAUCACCAUCAUCACCACUUCAACCAGCAUCAGCAGUCGCAAACAAUCGAAAUCGAGCGGACGUUCUUCCUGCGGAUGAAGUGCGUGCUAGCGAAGCGGAACGCCGGUCUCACCAAUCACGGCUACAAGGUCAUUCACUGUUCCGGAUAUCUGAAGGCUCGAAUCUACCCGGGAGACUCGACGUACGGCGACGGACACAGCUGCAUUCAAAAUCUAGGACUGGUGGCCGUCGGUCAUUCGCUGCCACCGUCGGCGAUCACCGAAAUCAAACUGCACAAGAAUAUGUUCAUGUUCCGUGCCAGCAUGGAUCUGAAGCUGAUUUUUCUUGAUGUCGGGGUAUUGCCACUUAUUGGUUACGAGGCGCAGGAACUGAUCGAGAAAACACUAUACCAGUAUAUUCAUGCAUCCGACAUCCUGCACAUGCGAUAUUCUCACCAAAUACUGCUGUCUAAGGGACAAGUGACGACAAAAUACUAUCGAUUUCUGACGAAGGGCGGCGGCUGGGCCUGGGUGCAGUCGUAUGCCACCGUGGUACACAACACCCGCUCAUCUCGGCCGCACUGCAUCGUCAGCGUGAAUUAUGUACUGAGUGAUCAAGAGGCACGCGAUCUACUCCUGAACGAGAUUCAGGGACCUAUGAUUACAAAGCCCGAACUCCAAACACCGAACGUUACACCGGCCUCUGUGGCAGCCUCGGCGACGCCGAUUUCACCGCCCCAGCAUAUCUCGAUGCAGCUAGCACAACAGCAGCAGCAGCAUCAUGCUGCCGUAACGCAACAGUCCCUGCAACAGCAGACCCCAAUUCUGCCUCCGCACAAUCCACUACUGGUGAAGGAAAUGUCAAACUACCUGCAGUUGCACCAAUUCGACGACGACAAUAGCCUUCAGCAAAUGGUGCAGAACAAUGCCAUGCAUCAUCAGCAUCACCCCACACAGACUGGCAGCCAGGACUUCGAGCAUCAAUACAACAGCCAAAGUGCUUUUAUGAUGGAUUCCAACCAAUCGAUGUCUCAAGGAACGCCGAACGAAUUUCUUGACUCGUACUACGAACCUUUCUAUCAAACGUACGACCCACAAGCGGACAGUUCUAACAUCCUGCGGCCAUUUUCGGCUAGCUCCAACAGCUGCAGCAGCUCGGACGGGGAGGCUCAUCUUAAUGCCACCUACAUCCCAACUACGGGGCUGAUCCAGCAUCAACACCAAACUCCCUUCGACGAGUUAAAUCAACAGUUCGGGCUCAACUGUUUUAGCGGUAACGGCAACAAUAACAUCAGCAAUGGAGCACCGGCUAAUGGCCAUCUGAAUGGGGGGACCAUUAACAAUCUAAACAAUCACAGCCUGCAUCAUCAGCAGCAUCCGCUCGGGGGUCCAGCUGACGCUGAAUCCGGCGCCAGUAGCACCUCUCAUAACAACAACAAUAACAACAACAACAAUCAUGACAAUGGCUUUCUGGACGACUUUAAAACCGGCCAUCAUCAUCAGCAGCAAAACAACCAUCAUCAUCAUGGUAACAAUGGCCAUCAUAAUCACCACUCACAGCAUCACCACAACCACCACAGUCACCACAACGGGCCGCAGUACACCAGUGUGAUUGUGGAACCACAAAACUAUCAUCUGCCUGUCACGCAAAAUGAGUUUGUGCACUAGAAAUAGUUUUCUUUCGAUAGUUUGGUUUUGUUUUAAUUCGUAUUUCUUCCUAAUUUAAUUGGCGACAUAAAAUGGUAACCAUUUCGGCGUUACAAUAAGACAUUUGGUUUGUACUGGUAGCGAAAAUUGAAUAUCGAAAAAAUAAAAUGAAGACUGCAGGCAGUUGGCAUUGUCAAGUGUAUUUUGUUAGAGCAACAUUGAUAUUAGUGUAGCCGAUAAGUUUUUACUGUUAUCUCUAGGUAAGUUGCUUACAUGUAUAGUAUUUAUUUAGAAAGUAUUCAUUGUACAUAUUUGAUACGAACAUUUGGACUUGUAUAGUAAGAGUGAAGCGUUGAGCGAAAUAUAUCUAGCGAAAAUGAAUAAUAGUAUUUUUGUUUCAAUCACUGAUAUCUUGACAAAUCUGAAAGAUG